AUGCAGUCAGGCAAAAAACACGCCUCUUCUCAUUUAUACAACAUUACUGGAGAGACUUCAGGAGUCGGUCAGCGGCGCGCACACGGGCUUCGCAAACUUCACACACACAUUGUUUUUCUCUUUCAUAUCAAUGAUAAUUCUUUUUUAAUUUUCUGGACUUACACAACCGCAGAAAUGACUCUACCAUACUCCCACAGCGUGAGGACACGGAACACCGUGACCGUCACGGAACCGAGCACACAUACUGUCUUGACAUCCACUCCUGUCGGGAUAAACGACGGUUCGACGACUUAUCGCACGGUAACCCUCGCUGGAUCUCAGCUGCAACCAUCCUCUCCUGUCGGGAUGAGCGAAGGAACGACAUACCGCACGGUAACCCUCGCUGGAUCUCAGCUGCAACCAUCCUCUCCUGUCGGGAUGAGCGAAGGAACGACAUACCGCACGGUAACCCUCGCUGGAUCUCAGCUGCAACCAUCCUCUCCUGUCGGGGUGAGCGAAGGAACGACUUACCGCACGGUAACCCUUGCUGGAUCUCAACUUCAGCAAACCUCUCCUGUCGGGAUAAGCGACGGUUCGACGACCUACCGAACGGUGAGCCUCGCUGGGUCUCAACUACAGCCGGUCCAGUACAUUAACAACCAAAUGGAGGGGAACGUGGUGUACGGGGGCGCACGUUACCUGGUGCCCGUGCAGCAGCAGCGGCCCGCGGAGUCGUACGUGUACCUGAGUCAGGCGCCGCGCGUCAUGCAACAAGUGUACGUUCAGAACGUUCAGCCCGUGAACGUCAGCAGCGUCGACGAGACCGACUACAGACAAGUUAACAUAAAUGGACAAACGUCUGUCUACAGCCAGUUAUCCAGUCCCGUCAAGAGCCCUGAUCCAUCUGAGUCGGAGUUGGCGGAGAGCUCAAGCAUUCAUGAGGAAGUUGUGGAUUUGAGGGAAAUGAACAAUGGCUUCUCGUCUGAGAUCAAGACCGAGGUAUUCGAGGUGGAACCCGUCGCCAAGAUGGACAACCGCUUCUUUGGUGAGCUGCUUGCUGAGGUUUACCGCAAGAACUCCGACAUUCACACCUGCAUCUCCGAGCAUGUGGCGAAGAUCCGGGGAAGGAAACACCUUCUGGACUCCACCAUUGACUACAAGGUGGACAAAGAUGAAAUAGAGAGUCUUAUUCCCAAAGGAGUGUCCGAACUGACUAAGCAACAGAUCCGCUACCUGCUGCAGACUCGUGUGACUGCUGAUAAGACCAUGCGUCUGUUGAUGGCCACAUUCAGCAGUCUGCGAGAGGAACUAGUGCGCAUGCAGGAGGAUCUGAGGCAUCUGGAGAGUGAGAAGGAUGAGCUGGAGAAAGAACUGAGCUUUAAGAAAAAUCAAGGUUCUCAAUAUGAGAAACUACUGGAGAACGUACGCGAGCAAUGCAGACAACUGCAGGCGGCUGUGAAGGAAAGUAACAGUGCUCAGCGUUCUCUAGAAAGUCAGCUACUGACCUUCCAGAGCAAAGACCCCAGCAAAGACUUCCGCAUCAAAGAGCUGGAGGGCAGCAAGAGGGCCCUGGAGCAGGAGAAUGAGCUGCUCAGGAAGAAGUUGACAGGGCAGUGCAGUAGUUCCACUGUCCAAAUCCAAACACAGGAGCUGUCUAGAGAGUAUGAACGGAUGCUGAAUGAACUACGGGGGGAGAAGGACAGAGAGCUCCAGAACAUGCGGUCUCAGCUUAUAAAAAUCCAGACCGAGCGCACCGUAACACACACCUCUGACAGCACCUUGGAACUGCGCAUCACUGAGCUCCUGACCAAACUGGAGCAACAUGAAAGCGUCAUCAGACACCAGGAGGAGGAGCUCAAGCGACUCCGACAGCAGAGGAUUGACAGCUCCAGCAGUGCGACGAAGACUGUCGUUACAAAGAGAUACGCGACCCAGUACCCUCUACUGGGUCUGCUGAGUGACGAUUACAAGUACACACCACCUAUUAAAGAGGACAGGACCAUCGUCUUCGAGACGACGGGCGAGGUCACCACACGAGUAAUCUAGAUUGAAGAAGAAGAUUCCCCGUCUGAAUCUCAUUCCCUCUCUCUCUCCCUGC